AUGCCCGCCUACCCAUCCUCCCUGGGCACGCCGCCCCCCUCGACGCCCAAGACGAUCCUCCUCUUCCCCACGCCAGAUACGCUGCUAGUCGUGCUGAACAACCCGCGAGGUCUCAACUGCCUGUCCACCUCGAUGCAUCACGCCCUGCACGGCCUGUUUGAAUGGUACGACAAUGAACCCUCGCUACGCUGCGCCGUCAUCACCGGGGCGGGCCGCGCGUUCUGCGCCGGCGCCGAUCUGAAGGAAUGGAAUGAGAACAAUGCCGCGCGCGCGGCCGGGAAAAGCGCCGGAGACGGAAGGAGGGAGACUCCCAGAUCAGGCUUCGGCGGCAUAUCCAGGAGGAUGGGCAAGAAACCCAUCAUCGGGGCCAUCAAUGGGCUGGCCUUUGGGGGCGGCAUGGAAAUGGUCGCCAACAUGGAUUUGGUGGUUGCUGCUCGGUCCGCUCAGUUUGCUCUCCCAGAGGUGAAGAGGGGCGUGAUUGCGCUGGCGGGCGCGUUGCCGCGGCUCGUGAGGACGUUGGGCAAGCCGAGGGCGAUGGAAAUGGCGCUCACGGGACGCACAGUUAGUGCCGCUGAGGCGGGCGCUUGGGGAUUGGUGAAUUUCGUCACCGACGACGCACCUGUGGAUGCAGACGUGCUGGAGAGGCCGGUCGUCAAAAAGGCUCUGGAGUAUGCAAAGGAAAUUGCUGGGAAUAGUCCUGACAGUGUCAUCAUCUCCCGAGCAGGUAUCAUUCAGGGCUGGGAGGACGGGUCUGCCGAGCACGCGACUCAGAGCAUCGUGGAGAUCUAUUCGAAGAGACUGAAUGAGGGCGAGAACAUUCACGAGGGCGUCAGGGCCUUUGUAGAGAAGAGAGCCCCGAGAUGGGUUCCGAGCAAACUGUAG